AUGGGAAGAGACUAUGAACUCACCACGUCCAAUAUCUUCAAGGGCAGGUUAAGGAAAUGUUUGAUACUGAUUCUUAUGACAAUAAACGUGCCUGUUGCCGCUUUGCCUGUAAUGCAGCAAAUGACAGAAAUGAGCAUUUCGAGAGAGGAAAAAGUAUCACUGAAAACAGAGAUUGAGCCAGUUGUUACUCAACCAAGCCCAUCAGUUUCUCAACCUAGUACUUCACAGAGUGAAGAGAAAGCUUCUGAACUGCCUAAACCAAAGAAGAACAGAUGUUUCAUGUGCAGAAAGAAGGUUGGCCUUACAGGAUUUGAUUGCCGAUGUGGAAACUUAUUUUGUGGACUUCAUCGUUAUUCUGACAAGCAUAACUGCCCAUAUGAUUACAAAGCAGAAGCUGCAGCAAAAAUCAGGAAAGAGAAUCCAGUUGUGGUGGCUGAAAAAAUCCAGAGAAUAUAAACUAGCCUACUUGUGAAAAGACUGACUUUUAUUUGUUUUAUUUUAAUAUAUCCUAGGAAAGCAUUAAAGAGCAGAUGCAUGGCCAUUUUCCUUUGUUCUCCAAAGUUUUAAUUUUAGCCUUGUCUGUCUUGAUAUUUCAGAAUGUUUGGGUGUUUGUUACAGGCAGAAUUGAAUAGAUACAGCCCUUGAAAAUGUAUAUGCUCUCCUCAGAAUAUGAUUAGAUGAUCAGAACCUGCACAGGAAUACACAUGCACAGAGGACAGGCUCUAGUUCACAUGCCAAACAGAUGUAUACUAUCUGCGUGUUUGCAGCAGAUCUGUCUUUUGAGAUGUUCAAGGUGUAUAACACUAGCCAAAGACUAUGUGCCUGUUAGGGAGAAGGAUAUGUCAGAAAGGUUGGCGGUCUACUUCUAUCAUUUAAAAUCUUGUUCUACUUUUAGUUUCCACACUCCAUUGUUUUCCAGCAGAAUGUAAGCCAUGUAGAGGGCUCUACCUUCCAGUAAGAUGAGUGUUGGUGCCAUAUUUAAUAAGUUAUUUAAUAAUUGCAGUGGGAAAAAUGGAAAAAAUCAGAUAUGUAUGAAAAGAAAACUAUUUUGGAACAGAUUACAUUAAC